AUGGACAACAGUCCACGGGCCAGGCAUCGCAGGCACGACACGGUCCGCCGGCCCCACCUACCCCAGUCCCGGUCCCACGCGCUGACCGCACAGUCGACCCAGCCACCAGCCACCACUUCUCCCGCUCCAACCGCAGCCGCAGCCGCAGCCGCAGCCGUCGGCCGCUCCUCCUUCCCCAACCAGCAACCAAACCCACCACCACUACCAACCAUCCCCAAAACCCCACGAGGAAUCCCCCAAAUUCGCCCUGCUCCCUCGCAGAUCGCACCAUCCGCGCGCGUUUCCAUCCAAUUCCACCCGCCCGCAGCCCCCGACGACCCGCCCAAGCCGAGGCGCCGGUUUCUCUGA